AUGGAGUCGCGGUAUAAUAUCACUUCUGGGUCGUCGGACCCGACGGCGCAUGCAAAUAUUCAUACCACAUCGACACAGACUAAGACAGUGACGAGCUUUACGAGCCUACCUUUCGGCAAAGCCUAUCCGGUUAGGAAUUCGACGAUGGGGCAUAUGCAGAGUCUGUCGAUGGACGGUGAGAUGGAUGGUACGAUGGCCAUGGACAGUAUGAUGGCUAGUGGGCUCAGUGUUGGGUCCGCGAGUACUGAGGUCUCCACUACCACAGAGCAGGUCCUCACCAGCGGUACAGAUAAAAGCGUUGUCCCACGCUCGGAAGAUUCUACCAUCACAACCUCGUCCUCGGCUACAUCGGAAUCAUCCAGCAUGUCAGAUACCAGCGUAACCGGCGGCGCAGAUGCGUCCACUCCCUCGACCGUCUUCGUAACAGUCACCCCCAACAAUACCUCAAUGUUUACCGAACAUUCCACCACGAUGAUGCUGACCACUAGCACGUCUAUCGUGCCAGUAACAAUCCUCUGGACGAACACAUCGCAGCCCACGAACAUGCAGCUUUUGAAUUCGACAGAGUCGUUGGAUCUCACGACCUCCGACUCCUCGACUGGUGGUAUGGAUUCCUUCACCUCGAUGAUGCUCAGCACGGGACCGACCACCCACGCAACACAGAACGUCGUGAUUCCAACGAGCCCGAUCAGCAUAGCUACCAACAAACCACGCGCACCACGAUCAGUACCCACGGAUUUCGCGUCGAUCGAACCAUUGACACCACAGCCAACAUCAGGAGCUGGCCUGUAUGCCGCUUGGAAAGAGCGCAUCUCCGCGCCUAAAAUGAUGUCAACAGGCUAUCACCACCAUUGCGAAGGCCCUUUCAUGGCCUAUCUAGCACUGACAGUCUUCGUCCUUGCGACCUGGUUCACGAUCGGUCCAACGCUCAUUCGGUGGUGGAGGUACUGGGUCCUGAGGAAGUGCGACAAAUGCGACGACGAAUUACCUUCAUACACGACCAAGCCGCCGCGCCCAGGAAUGAGGAAGCGGUUGUCGAUUAUCGUACCAGGAUCGCAGCCUGGAGGCUCGUCAUGGGUUUCUGGAAAUCAACGAGCGGUUCGUGGUGAUGAGUUUGAGGUGCCAUAUGAGCGGUACAAGGGUCGAAGGCAUACUAGUGAUUUAUGA